AUGAACAACAAAUACCUUUCUUUUUAUUAUCUCCUCCUACUCUUCAUCUUCUACCUCCAGCUCACACCUUCCGCCGCCGUUGAUUUCAUCGUUAACUCGUUCAAUUCCUCCUCCGUCUCACUUUAUGGCAACGCCACCAUCCAAUCGAACAUCCUAACCCUCACAAACUCCACUCCGGGUCAAAUUGGACGCGCUUUGUACCCUGAGAAGAUCCCCACAAAGAAUUCGUCGUCACUCCUCCCUUUCUCCACCUCCUUCAUCUUCGCCAUGGCACCCACCACAAACGUUCUUCCCGGCCACGGCUUGGUAUUUCUCUUCACCCCAGUCACCGGGAUUCAGAACACAGCCGCAGCUCAGAAUCUUGGUCUGUUUAGUAGAGGAGUUGAUGGGAAUUCAAGCAAUCAUGUGUUUGGUGUUGAAUUUGAUGUGUUUAGAAACCAAGAGUUUGAAGAUAUUAAUGAAAACCAUGUAGGUAUCGAUGUCAAUUCUUUAACAUCCGUUAAUUCAACGGAUGCUGGGUAUUAUGAAGAUCAAGAUGGGGUUUUUAGAAGAUUACAGCUCAACAAUGGCCGAAACUAUCAAGUGUGGAUUGAUUACAAAGAUUUUAUGAUUAAUGUGACUAUGGCUCCUGUCGGGAUCAAGAAACCCACCAGGUGUUUGUUAUGUGUCCCGCUGAAUUUAUCCGAUGUUUUUGAAGAUGAAAUGUAUGUGGGAUUUACUGCUGCAACAGGGCAAUUGAUUCAAAGCCACAACAUCUUGAGUUGGAGCUUUAGCAAUUCGAAUUUCUCAUUGAGUGAUGAUCUGAUUACCGAAGGACUCCCUUCAUUUGUGCUUCCUGUUUUCUUGGUUUUAUUUGGAUCACGAGAAAGAGAAGAAUAG